AUGAAUCUGGAAAAACUCAGCAAGCCUGAACUCCUGACGCUGUUCAGUAUUCUUGAAGGAGAGCUAGAAGCCAGGGACCUCGUCAUAGAAGCUUUAAAGGCACAGCACAGAGACACUUUCAUUGAAGAACGCUAUGGAAAAUACAACAUCAGCGACCCUCUAAUGGCUCUGCAGAGAGACUAUGAGGCGCUGAAGGAGAAAAACGAUGGCGAAAAGCAGCCGGUCUGCACCAACCCCCUGUCCAUCCUCAAGGUGGUGAUGAAGCAGUGUAAGAACAUGCAGGAGCGGAUGCUGUCCCAGCUGGCCGCCGCCGAGAGCAGGCACCGCAAGGUGAUCCUAGACCUGGAGGAGGAGAGGCAGAGGCACGCCCAGGACACCGCAGAGGGCGAUGACGUCACCUACAUGCUGGAGAAGGAGCGAGAGAGGCUGACCCAGCAGCUGGAAUUUGAGAAGUCGCAGGUGAAGAAGCUGGAGAAGGAGCAGAAGAAGCUGUCGGGGCAGCUGGAGGAGGAGCGCGCCCGCCACAAGCAGCUGUCGUCCAUGCUGGUGCUCGAGUGCAAGAAGGCCAGCAGCAAGGCGGCCGAGGAGGGCCAGCGCGCCGGGGAGCUGGGCCUGCAGCUGGAGAAGGAGAAGGGCCGGGCGGGCGCCCUGGAGGAGGCGCUGGCGGCCGAGCGGAGGCGCGGCCUGCAGACGGAGGCCCGCGUGGAGAAGCAGCUGUCCGAGUUCGACAUCGAAAGGGAGCAGCUGAGGGCCAAGCUGAACCGAGAAGAGAACCGGACCAGGACCCUGAGGGAAGAGCUGGAGAGUCUGAAGAAGGUCCUGAGGGACCUGGAAGCUUCGCGCCAGCACAGCCGCUCUAAUGAGCCAUCGGAGAAGCCAGUGGCCGCGUCUAAAGGCACGGCGACCGAGCCUCGCGGGCUGGUGUCUGUGUCCUGCCAAACGGAGGGCUCUCAGGCAGAGAGAACCCAUGGGAGCAGCGUGGCCAAGACGACAACCACUGGGCUGCCCGGACCCGCCACGCCCGGCUACUGCUAUGCAAAAGCCAACGGCCAUUUUGAGCCAGAGAUGCCAGCGACCAAGGAGCCCACCGCAGGCAGCAGCGCGGAAAGCCAGCCGCCUCCCCGGGAGAAGCCCGCGGGCUCGGCCCAGGAGAAAGCCGUGGAGAACGGGGGGUGCGCCGGGGGCGCCGAGAGCCCGGGCCCCGCGCCGGGCCAGCUGCCGUCCGGCAGCAGCUCGCUGUCCCCCAGCAGCACGGCCUCCUCCUCCCUCACGUCCUCGCCGUGCUCGUCCCCGGUGCUCACCAAGCGCCUGCUGGGGCCCUCGGCCAGCAGCCCCGGCUACCAGUCCUCCUACCAAGUGGGCGUCAACCAGCGCUUCCACGCGGCGCGGCACAAAUUCCAGUCCCAGGCCGACCAGGACCAGCAAGCCAGCGGGCUGCAAAGCCCCCCGUCCCGGGACCUGUCCCCCACCCUCCUGGACAACUCGGCUGCCAAGCAGCUGGCCCGGAACACGGUCACGCAGGUGCUGUCCAGGUUCACCAGCCAGCAGGGGCCCAUCAAGCCCGUCUCGCCCAACAGCUCUCCCUUCGGCACGGACUACCGCAACCUGGCCAGCGCCGCCACCCCGAGGGGCGACACCAGCCACUCCCCCACUCCGGGCAAAGUGGCCAGUCCCCUGAGCCCCCUGUCUCCGGGGAUCAAGUCCCCCACCAUCCCCAGAGCCGAGAGAGGGAACCCUCCGCCCAUCCCACCCAAAAAGCCUGGCCUCACGCCUUCUCCCUCCGCUACCGCCCCGCUGGCCAAAACUCACUCCCAGGCGUCCUCGGGGGCCACCGCCGAGGACCUGGCCAGCUCUGCCAUGGCCAACGGCAAGGACGCCGAGAUCCUCCUGCCUCCCAGCAGCUAG